AUGACGUCAUCGUUCGAUGCGUACGACCUCAUGCGGCGAUCAAUCCUAUCCUCAAUCAUGGGUUUAAGACGGAAACCACGGCCUAGUACUACAGUGGAACGUACUGCACCAGGAACAGCAUGUUCUUCAUCUCCACUUCCUCGUGUUGUACAUCAACCAGAGAUUGAACGUACGCCUCAUGACAUCUACAGAGAAAUUGGCUGGUUUGAUGUGCAGCCAAUUCUGAACGCCAGCUGCCACGUCAACUCCACUCUCCGAUUUCGAUUCGUCACCUACGUCACCGAACGAUCUUCCCAUUACAUCACCACCACCACCGCCGUCAAAUCUUCCUUUAUCGCCGCCACCGUCACUCAUUGCUUCACCGUAUCCGUUCCCUUUGGAACCAUUCGUUGCAGAACCACAUGCCCAACCUUAUGCACUAAUGUUGCCUGA